CGACACGGCGACGGACCGGUGGCCUAACGAGCGAGUCGUAGUCACGGGGGAAGUCUCGUCGCGCACAAAGGAUAUUUUUUUUUCCUCCCCUCGAGUUUUUAUGUCGAGCCUGGGAGAAGUGGAGUUACGGUUUACCCCUUCCUUAGCACCCAGCAGCUAGCUGUGGCUCAUUCUUGCUUCUGCUCCCUCUCGCGUUCGCCUGUUAUGCAGUUUCCCGAGGACUGCGGUCGUACUCGUUCUCCUGCGCCGCCUCUUCUCGCUCCCUCUCCCCCGCUCUCGCUGGGCCUAUGUCUCGCUGGCUCUUCCCCUGGUCGGGCUCCAUCAAGAAGCGGGCCUGUCGGUACCUCCUCCAGCACUACCUCGGCCACUUUUUGCAGGAGCGCCUGAGCUUGGACCAACUGGGCUUGGACCUGUACAAUGGCAGCGGGGUCAUCAAGGAGAUCAACCUCGAUGUGUGGGCAGUCAACGGGCUUCUGGAGAACCUUGGUGCUCCCCUGGAGAUCGUGGACGGCUUUGUCAGCAGCAUCACAGUGACCAUUCCCUGGCAAGCUCUGCUCACCGACCACUGCACCUUGGAAGUGUCCGGUCUCCAGAUAACAUGCAGACCCAAGUACCGUAUCGGUGGCAGCUGGGACUCGCAAAGCUGGUCAUCCAGCAUGACUUCCAGCAUGCAGCUGGCCCAGGAGUGCCUGAAGGACCCCCCUGAGACAUCCGAGGAGCCGCCAGCUCCACUCGAAGGACUGGAGAUGUUUGCACAAACCAUAGAGACGGUCCUUCGUCGUAUUAAAGUCACUCUCCUGGAUACCAUCGUACGCAUUGAGCACCAGCCCCCGGACCUGGAAACAGGCAUUGCCUUAGAGGUGCACAUCAAACGGUUGGAGUACUUUGACGAGGCGGUGCGCGACCCAUCCAACCAGACUGCCGUGCCUGUCGACAUCCACCAGCCGCCCGCCUUCCUGCACAAGAUCCUCCAGCUCAGCGCUGUUCAGCUCCUCUAUGACAGCAUGGGCACGGAGCAGGAGGUGCCUGAGGAGAAAAAGUCAGCCACUGCCAGCGAGGCAGAGGAGGAGGAAAGUGAUGACGAAGAGCAGGUGGAAGACAAGGGGAAGCCCCUGAAGGUUCCCUCGUCACAGCCCCUUCUCAUCGGUAGCUGCUCCGGUUUCAUUGAGACCACAGUCAAGCUAAAGCAGAACGAUAUGCUGCCCGGACCAAAGUUUGAAUUGGAUGGGAAGGUGGGCUGCGUCCACAUGCUGUUGUCCCCGGCUCAGAUCACACAUCUGACAGACCUGCUGGCAGCUCUUUGCAUAGAAACAGAGUCCGAGACCAAACUUGGUGGCACGCGCAGCCGCCCGCUAGACUCGGAUGACCUGCGUAUGAUCGAAGAAGACCUCAGUAAGCAGUUGGGCACCAGUCCCAGAGGCAGGGACUGGGAUGCCGAGUGCGACCUGGAGCCUUAUGUCACCACUCUGGAAAACGGAGAAAUGUUCUAUUCCAUGGGCCCCACGGGGAUGAGCAGCAGUGUGACGUCGGUGCGCUCGGGCAGUGAGCUGUCAGACAGCGAUAUGGACUCUUCCACGCACAGUCUGGCCAGUCUCACUCAGCCUGGCUCACUGGCCACACAGGGGCUCAUGAGCUGUCCCAGACGUUACCCAGUAGCGGGUUGUCUCUCCAGUCUACCACAGGCCAGUCAUCGAAUCAGAGGUCGCUCUCAAAGUGGCAACGCGGAGCAGCUGAAGCCCAAUGUCUUGCUGCGUCUGACUCUGGGCGGCCUCACCCUAACCAUGCUGCAGGAGGACCCGCCCUCCAAGCCGGAAGGCGUCUCCUCAUUGUCUCAGAUGUCCCAGGUGUUCUUCCAAGAACUCGCCUCUUUUAAGGACAGCAUGUUCGGUGAGAGAGACUUCCACCACCUGAGAGGCGGGUUUGCCAAGGCUUGCCCUCACUCGCACCUCAGAGUGACGGGGGCAGCGGUGCAGUUUUCCUGUGAGAUGCGCAGCGGGAGACGCCACAGUCGAGCGGUGACCUCCGACGUCUCCUUCAGCAGACUAGAAAUGCUGGAGUGCCUCUGGGAGAACAGCAAGCCUCAGUACAGCGAGUUGCUCCAGUUCCAGAAAGCCAACACGUUCACAGUGGGAGUUGCCGCCAGACCGUGUGCCCAGCUGCACUACAGCCUCACCGAGAAGCACCUGAGGAAGGGUAAACAGCGGGUGGUUCGACGUGACAGCGUGGUGCGCGUGGAGUUGGAAGAUCUCAGCACCGAGUUGGACCUGGACAUCCUCAGUCGACUGAGGAACCUGAACAACGCCUUCAGCUGUUGUCCCGCAGAGCCAGCUGGACCCGACAACCUCCAGACGCAGAGCAGUGAGCUGUACUCCUCCUUCUCCCUCCUCGCCCCGCACGCUGUCCUCCGACUUCGCAUCCCCAUUCCGGACCUGCGCCCCCCCUCUGAGCGUCAGCCCGUGAGCCAGAGGGCGGUGAGGGAGGAGACGCUGGUGUUGGAGCUGACCGAGCUGGAGCUCAGGCACCAGGAAGCGCCGGACCUCCAGAGCGGGCAGCCCAACCAGGCUCAGCUCUCAGCCCCCUGCCUCACCCAGCUGCUGGAAGCCUCCUUUACUGACCUGCAUGGGUCAUAUGAGGGCUGGGAGGGAGGCUCCUUCCCCUGCAUCAGAGUGAAAAAGAGCCAUGACUCUCUGCCCAGGCUAUCAGUACGAGUGCGGGGAGGUGAGACGCAAGGACCGGCGACGGGUCUGGGCAGCUUGAACCUGGGCCUCGCCCGAGAUCUGGGGGCUGCCUUCUUUGAAAGCCACUGUGAACUCAAUGACAAAACCAGCUCCCCGUUCUCCUCUAAUCGCACCAUGUUUGAGACGGAGGAGAUGGUGAUCCCCGCCGAUCCCGAGGAGAUGAGUCAGUUUCAGGCCCAGUGUGUGGCUCAGUCUCAGUGUGCUGUGGAUAUUUGUUUUCCAUUGGCCUACAUCCUUCUACCCAGCAAGCAAGCUUUCCAAAGCAUCUACAACAGGAUCAAUAAUGACCUGUUGAUGUGGGAGCCGCCUCCCCCUGCCCCCUCCUCAGCCCACAGCCCCACGCACAGUCACCAACACCACGACGAGUUCCAACUCUGCAAGUCGGCUUUUCGACUCGACUCUGACUCGGAGGAGGAUGAGCCUCAGUUCUACUUGGCCAAUGAACCAUCAGGAAAGACAAAGUCGGCGCUGCAGCCCAACCCCAACCCUAACCCCAACCACAACCUCAGCCUCCUCUCCCUCACAGUCGUCAUUGGGAAAGGCCGUCUUCAAGCCAGGACAGACAAGAAGGAGGACCAGAGUCAUGGAGAAAUUGUGCUUGACUUGCAAGGAGGGAAGAUGUUCAGUGUAGCACAGCACCAGAAUGACCCAAAUCUCAGUUUUUUGUGUCUGGAGAGUCAACGAGUGGAGCUGUACCAUAAAGCUGUAGUCAAAGACACGGCUAUUCCGCCACGGAUAGAAAUGCCCAACUUCGCUUCUCCAAAGGACUUGGACCCAACCAUCUACCCCACCGAGGUGGGAGUCAGCAGUGUAAGCGGCAGGGAGGCGGAUCCACAGAUGUUGUCCACAGCCAUUAAAAUCACUCUGGACCCACAGAGGAAGGUCAAGGAAUUCCUUGUCGCCCUUCGACUUCAAGGCGCCACCAUGCGGCAUUACGUGACGCAGACCAAUCACAGCUGGCACGAGCAGUUGGUUGAUUUUCUGGAUGUCAUCGACGACCCGAUUCUUGGAUACACCCCACCCGCUGUUAUCACUGUCCUCCAUACACACCUGGCUACAUGUGCAGUUGACUACAGGCCGCUGUAUAUGCCGCUGCGAAUGUUGCUCACAGCAGAGUCCUUCUCUUUGUCCAGUAAUAUCAUUGUAGACACAGCCACCUUCCACCUCAGAUUCAUCCUGGAUGACUCCGCCCUCUACCUCUCUGACAAAUGUGAUAGCAAAGUUGUGGACCUGAGGAGAGACUAUAUUUGUGUUCUGGACAUUGACCUGCUGGAGCUCGCUAUCACAACGUGGAAAGGCAGUAACACAGGCAAACUGGCCCAGCCUCUGUUUGAGCUCCGCUGCUCCAACAACGUCGUUCAUGUCCACGCUUGUGCCGAUUCGUGCGCCGCCCUGGUUAACAUGCUGCAGUACCUCGUCUCACAGGGCGACCUUCAUCCGCCGCCUCGACACACCUCACCCACGGAAAUAGCCGGCCAGAAGCUACCGCUCUCUGAGAGCCCCGCAUCUGUGCUACCCUGCCCUGCUGCUGAAACCGCUGAGAUCAACCAGUGUGAUCUGACUGAUGCCUUAAUAGACACCGACAAGAGCCACCAGGAAGAGAGGAUAGAUCCAGGCUCCCCCUCCAUGCCAAGAGGCUCUCCCGUCUCGGUCUACCUGUUCCCCGGCGAGGGCUCCAGGCAUGACCUUUCCGUGCUGGAGGAGGAGGAGCACUCCGAGGUCGACGACGGUCAGUUCGCCAUAGCAACCGAAGCGCAGGCUGACAUGAUGAUAGAAGAAGAAAGUUCAGAGGGCUCCACUGACAACGAUGACUUCUGCAUCCUGGAGGCUCCUGGCAUGGGCAUUGCUCCCAGGGACGGAGAGCCCGUGGUCACUGUGUUGGUCGAGGGUCCCAUCCACGUGAAGGACAGCCACUUCUCCCGGCCGCGAGGAAGCUCCGACCUGCUCCGUGCUCCGAGCCGCUUCCCUGUGCCUCAAAGCCGAGUGGUGCUGCGGGAGAUCUCCGUGGUGUGGCAUCUCUACGGUGGCAAGGACUUUGAUGUUAAGCCCUCAUCUAUCCACAGCCAGCAUGGAAACAGAGGUCGUUCCGUCCCAUCUGGUGCCCGAAGCUCGCCAUCUCGCUCCGCCGGUUCCUCUCGUCCUCAGAACUCUUGGAGAUGGGCUGGAGGCAGCGGCCGUCAGCACGGCCUCCUCAUGGAGAUACAACUUACCAAGGUGUCUUUCCAGCACGAGUCCUACCCGGUGGCGGUGGCGGGACAGGACGGUGAGGCCUCGGCGUUCAUCGGGGUCGGUCCGGGAGGGGAGCAACCCAUUUCCAGGCAGGUUUUCAUCGUCCAGGAGCUGGAGGUCCGCGAUCGCCUGGCCUCCUCGCAAAUCAACAAGUUCCUGUACCUCUACACGAGCGAGAGCAUGCCCCGAAGAGCCCAUUCCAACAUGUUGACAGUAAAGGCCCUGCAAGUAUGUCCUGAGUCCGGUCUUGGUGGUCCGGAGUGUUGCCUUCGAGUCAGCUUGCUGCCACUUAGACUUAACAUUGACCAGGAUGCAUUGUUCUUCUUGAAGGACUUUUUCAGCAAUCUAGCCUGUUCUGUGAACCCCUACAUGCCUGUGGACCCUGCAUCUGAAGUGAAAGCGGACGCCUCCCAGAAAGCGUCAGAAGAAGCGGAGGCAGGAGGCGCUCUUGGACUGGAUCUCACAGCUUCCGUAGAAACUACUCACAGCGAGCAGAGCUCUUCCUCAGCUGGCUCUACCUCCUCCUCCGAGCAGCCAAUCUACUUCCGUGAGUUUCGUUUCACCUCUGAAGUGCCUAUCUGGCUGGACUAUCACGGCAAGCACGUGGUCAUCAAACAGGGAACCUUUGCAGGGAUUCUAAUUGGUUUGGCUCAGUUGAAUUGUUCUGAGCUGAAGCUGAAGCGACUCUGCUGUCGACACGGCCUGCUAGGUGUCGAUAAAGUGAUCCAGUAUGCCGUCACUGAAUGGCUGACCGACAUCAGGAAGAAUCAGCUGCCGGGCAUUCUGGGAGGCGUCGGCCCCAUGCACUCUGUUGUCCAGCUGUUCCACGGGGUGAGAGAUCUCUUCUGGCUCCCCAUCGAACAGUACAGAAAAGACGGGCGGAUUAUCCGAGGUCUGCAGAGAGGGGCCGCCUCCUUUGGCACGUCCACGGCGUCGGCGGCACUAGAGCUUAGCAACAGGCUGGUGCAGGCCAUUCAGGCCACCGCCGAGACGGUGUACGACAUCCUGUCUCCUACGCCUCCCUUGAACCGCUACGCCAUCACCGAGGGCCGGGCCUCUUCCAGUCGGCCGCGCCGUGCCGCCCAGCCCGCCGACCUCCGAGAGGGCGUCGCGAAGGCGUACGACACAGUCAGAGAGGGAGUGAUUGACACAGCUCAAACCCUUUGCGAUGUAGCGUCCCGCGGGCACGAACAGAAAGGUCUUCCUGGCGCAGUGGGCGGCGUCCUGCGGCAGAUCCCGCCCACUGUGGUACGCCCGCUCAUUGUGGCCUCGGAAGCCACCUCCAAUCUGCUCGGCGGCAUGCGCAACCAAAUCAAACCGGAUGCAAGGAAGGAGGACUUCUUAAAGUGGCGCACAGAGGACUGCCAAGAAUGAUGGCUUUUUGUGUGUGUGUGUGUGUGUGUGUGUGUGGCGUGUGCGUGUGAAAUGAGGGAGUGAGAGCAGGGUUCAAAUGUUAUUUUUUAUUUUUUUGCAUUCAUGACUGUGGACUAACAAGCGUUAGUGUGUGAUCAAGUGCAAAAAAAAAAAAAAACCCGCGAUGACUAACACCUACUGUGACGCCUAUUGUGUGUGUGGGUGUGUGUGGGGGUUGUAUCAUUGGUUGACGACGUAUGCAGCAGGAACUCUGUGAGUUUCACCUCCCCUCAGUAUUACGCUCAUGGUCACAUUCUCCUCACUGUUUGGUUUAGGGUGCAAACAUAUCACCAUCAUGGUCCUCUCCUUUGUAUUCUAGUUCAGUGGCAUUUCAGGCAGUCGCCCAGUUUCAAGCACACAGGGAAGAGAAAUGGCAGACAAAACUCAAGAGAACCCGACACACUAUAUGUCGCCUUUACAUUUGCUUUCUUUCUGUUUUCUUUUUUUUUUUUUUGCUUUAACAUCGUGUGCCAUAAAGUGAGCAGUAUAUCCCUUUUUUAUUUGAUCCAAGCUUGUGCUGCCUUGCUUAAUUAUGUUCCCUUGCAAACUGAAAAGCUCAUCUUUAAUUUGCCUGACUGAAUAGAAACACUUGAAGCCUGUAAAGCUCGUUCUAAACUUCACAGAAAUCAUGCCGUACUACCAUUUGACUUGCUCGGUUGUGUCAUGAUGUCAUCCUGUGGUUUUUCCACUUUCCUCACACUUCAUCACACUUUCAUUUUUCGUACAGAUUUGGAGACAACAAGGGUUGGUUAGGAUCAUUGUCUACACUUCCCUGUUUUUGUAGUUGUUCCUACUUCUUUUUUUCAUUUGUUUGUUAUAUUCAUUCAUUUUUAAACUAAGCAAUGAUGGGAUGUGAAUGUAGUAACCACUGAGGAUAUGGUGUUUGUGGUU